AUGGCCACAAAUGGGACAAAAAAAAGAAAUGCACAACGUUUUGCACGCAUCUCUGAUAUCACCAAGGAGCCUCAUGAAAUGUUGAUGCCAAUCAGUGGCUACGAAAACGAGCCACUUGUUUCACUGGAGACAGCUGUGCAACCACUAAUUCCGCUUCUACCAACGAUUCAGAGAUAUGUCGACACUUCCAAAGAACGAUGCAAAAAUCCUGCUGAUAAUUUAACACAAGAUGAAUCAGCUUCGCUUAUGCUUUACUCCAUGGAAUUGAAACCAGCGAGCAAGUCUCUCUAUGUCGUUCUCAAUGAAACUCUUCGAUCAAAAGAUCGACAAAAUCUGAAACCAUGGUUUUCUUAUUUGAAAUUAUUUCUCACUGCACUUUCUCGUCUCCCAUCCGAACGUCAAUUUGUCUAUCGAGGAGUGAAAUUAGAUCUAAGUGAAAAAUAUCCAAUCGGUGAAAAUGUUGUAUGGUGGGGUUUCUCUUCCUGUACUGUUUCAAUCAAUGUUUUACAAUCUGAAAACUUCUUGGGCAACAAGGGCGAACGAACAAUUUUCAACAUCGAUUGUUAUUCGGGAAAAAAUAUUCAAAAGCAUUCGUAUUAUCCAACAGAAGAUGAAGUGCUUCUCCUAGCUGCUACUCAGUUCAAAAUUGUCGGCUGUCUUGAUAAUGGUGGUGGUUCCCACACGAUUCACCUCAAAGAAAUUGAACCACCUUUUCCUUUGUUACAACCAGUGAUGCCAGUGAUAAAUGAGGCCAGUUCAAGCGAAACUCAGUCAUCUUCUCCUCUAUUAGAACCAGUGAUGUUCAACUCGAAUCCCGAACCACCUUCGCCUGGUAAGUCAGAUGAAAUUUUCUCGCACUAA